GUAGUGACCAUUACUCCAAAUAGAAUACUAUUCUGUAUCUAUAAGUAGUAAUUAUAAUUAAUGUUUGAGAGCUAACUAUUUUAUCGCAAUUAACACGAUUUGGACACGUGAAAAAUCUUUAAAUAUUUAUGCUUAUCAAAAAUUAUCAGAAAUCUUUCAGAAUCUAUAAAUUGCAAGGAAUACUAAAGUUUUUUAUUUCAAUAUGAAUAUAAGGAAUCCAAAUAUUUGUGAAUUCGUUUGAAUUUGUACAAAACAACCAUAAAAAUGGACCGAAUAGCUCUGGCAGCCGAGACCUUUCUAAUUUAAAGUUGAAGAAGAACCGUACUGUUGAUGUAUAUCGAGUUAGAUAAACUAUAAAAAACAAAUAGAAAUUACUAAGUGGUAUCUAAUGGAAUUUACGGAUCAAACUUUCGUAUCCAAUAAUUCAUUACCAGUUUUACCAGAUAGACCUACAUCUAAUAUUCAAAGAACAUUGGCUGAUGUGAAAUCUCAAUCAGAAGCUGAUCUUGAUGAAGAUGAAGUAUCUCAACAAAUGACUCAAUCUUAUAGUGAAAUAUCAUUCAAAUCCGAUGUUAGCCCAGACAAUGAAAUACCGUUAUCUUCAACUGUGGAGUCCUUACAAAUAGCUGAUGAAAUUAGAAGACCAAUAUCUUUAUCCUACAACAAUCUGAUGCCCUUAACAUUGGAAGGAUCCGUGCAUAUUGAAGGAAAUAUGACUCAUUUUGUAGCUGAAGAGAUUGAACAGAAGAUUCGCUUGUGCAGCCCAGUGUCAAAAAAGGAUACUCCAGGUUCCUCAAGAAUGUGUACACCAAGUUCCCUAUAUCGACAAUUACUAGUUCCCCAAGUAGGUCAUCUUGAUUCUGCUCUUAUUAAUGAUUUAGAAAUUGAGGCCCAGAAAAUGGCAACAUCUGUUGAUAGUCUUAUUGAAAAUUUGUGUGGCAUUUUACAUUCUAUAUCUUCUAUAACUGCUGAUAAUGUUGAUGUUUACAAAAAUGCUGUUUCUAAGAUGUCUGACGCUAUGGAUGGCAAUAUUAAAAGUAUGUACACAAUGAUGGCAAAAGCUGAAGAGGUAACACACUCCAUGAAAAUAGUUGAAAAGCUUUCUGUUAGAAUCAAAGAAAUUAAAAGGCUUGUAGAUUUAUUUGAAAGUUUUGUGUAAUUUGUUUUUUGUCCACUGGUUAUUAUAUAUUAUCCCUUAAGUAUGCAGUAUAAGAAAAACUUCCCUAUUUAAUUUUCAAUAAAAAGCACAUUACUCAUUUCAAGAAGAGAAAAUCUACAAAUUAAAUUAAUUACUCAUUUCAUAAAUGCCGUAUAUUAGGAUCAAAUCAUGAGCAAUCAUUGAUGUGGAAUAGCUAUUCAUGUUCAAUUUGAAAUUAGCAGUUAUAUAACUGUUCAUUUUUACUGACAGAAUUCACUGUAAUUAGAAUAAUAGUUAAUUCAGGAUAUUACAGAUUUUUGUGUUUUAAUCAAACUCUAUUUAUCAAAUAUUGUUGAAAAAAUCAUAGAAAAAUUAAAAAUUUACUGUUCAGCCAUAGUAUUUCAAUCUAAUCUAAAUUAAACUCUUGCCUAAAUGAAUUAUAAGAAAAGUUUUUAGUUUGGAGUUUUCAUUUAAGACGAAAAAAAUUGAUAUUCAAUAAAAAUGUGACAUGCUUGUGGAACUAAAUUACACGGAGACAGGAAAAUAUCAAUUUUAAAAAGGUUUUUAAACACAGAUUUCUACAAUUUAACUAAUUUUAUAAUAAUUCAAGUAUAGGAAAGAACUGAGCUACAUAAAUAUGAAGGUACAAUUUAUGCAAAUUUCCAAGAAAGUAGAUGCUCAAAAUUGUGCACAUUGAAGGAUUCAUGGAAAACUGAGAUGCUGCUCUAACCCUCAAAAGUUCAACUUUGAGGGCUAGCAUGGGAGUUGCAAAUAUUCCAGAUUGACUGUUUAAUCUUUUUUGGAUUUGAUCAGUGAUGAAUCCAAAAUUCAAGUUAUGGGAACGCUUGUAAUAACAUGACAUAGCUAAAUUGCUGAAGUACAAUCCCUCGGAUUCCUUUCCAAGGAAGUUGUAGAGUGUCAUUUUUAGUUGUAAAAAUAAAAAGUCUUUUUAAGUUUCAAAGAACAACAAAUUUAAUUUUUAUAUUGGGAGUACACAAAAUACCAAAACAGUGUAACCUUAUACAUUAUAUGAACAUAAUAUACUAAUAUUUGCAAAUUCUAUGGGAUAAUGUAGGUAUAUUCUUGUUUAUGUUUAUGGUGUCCCAAAUAAUUUGUAAAUGACUUUACCUUUUUGUAUUAUAUCAAAUAAUUUAUGGGAGAAUAAAAAAACACACUUCCACUUGUGGAAGCUUCCAUUCAAACCAAUGUAUUCAAUAAUAUAUACAGAAACAACAGAACUAUCAAUAUAUAACAUUCCUUAUCAGGUUAUAUUUAAAGUCCACAAAGUCAUAAUCCCUAAUUACAUGGAAUCUAGUAGUAAUACAAUCUUGUUUUACUUAUUCUCCCACUUUGCUGACACCACAACAAUAAUAUAUACUGAUUGAUCUACGAGGGAUGGAGUUGUAUGUGAUUAUUUUUCUAUGCCUUUAGCUGACAUUUGAGCAUUUUUCUUUACGACAAAUAUAUCAAUAUUUUUCUCCAUCAAACUGUCAAAAAUUUUUCUAUCAUUAGUCAUGUGUGAAGUGCAUCCUGAAUACAUUAUGAAAAAAUUUCCCCAAAACUGUCAAAACCUCUGUAUUCUAUUAAAAAUGAGACUUUUCUCUCUGUAGAUUUUCCAACUUUUGGUGAAUUAUUUCGAUUAUUUCUGAAAAAAGAAUAAACUUUACUGUAAUUCGUGUUUUUAAAAACUUUGCAUGUUUUUUGUUCCUUUCUGAUUUAACUUCAUUUUCAGUUUUAUUUUUAUCAUAACUUAUAUAGGUUUCACAGAAGCAAGCAUUGUUUUUGAGCAUUGGAACCCCACUGCUUUUUCUUUGUUUAUAUUUUUAGCACUGUUUUCUUCUGUUAAGUCUCAAUAUCAGAUUUGCUGUUUUUUUAAUUUUUGAAGUAAAUUCCCAUGCUGCUUCGAAUAAAUGGAGUCUUUCAGGCAAUGUAUUUAGGAUUUUGACAUAAGAAAGGUGUCAUCUACAUCUUACUUCAAUGAUUUCAGUAUAUAAGCUAAAUUUUGCAAUUUACUUAUAUGCGAGGAUUUGCUACCACUAUUGCCUUAAUGAAAACCAAAAUAUUGUCGUAAAUAAAACUUGUGUUCUUCAAUGUCUUAUUCGAAUAUAUUGUCCAACUUCUGAUACAUACCUACAUUCUAUAGAUGUUCUGCAUAAUGUGCACUGAUACUUUUUUAUCAAUUGUUGAAAUCAAAAUUUUCAGUGCUUUUGCAACCUUCUGCAUCAAAGUUUUCGUGUAUUUACCUAGAAUCAUGUUUUGUGAUGUGAUUUCACCACAUACUAUUUCUAUAAAGUCCAUUUGCUUCAAAAACCACAGUUAUAUGAAAAAUCCACAAAUCAAAACUUUCUGAAUCACAGAAUUUAUUGCUAUAGUGUGAGUUUUCGACAGUUUUUUUCUCGAUUUUUGGUUCCAUUCUUUGGAAUUUUCCAGCUUUUUCCUUCACUGUAUAUAUCAUCUUACAAUGUUUUCUGGCUUAACUAAGCACAUAACCUUUUCCGGCUUUUAAUUUUAUUUUCUAAAUCUUGUCUAAGAGAUGUCUUGUCAAAAAUUCUUCUUCUUUAUUCUUACAACUGAACUAGUUACUAAACUAAGACUAAUAUUAAAAAAAUUUUCUUAACAAGUAGAAACAAGAGGUAUUGUGUUGGGAGCAUUAUUUUAUGAAUUUUAGAAGAAAUUUUUAGAAACAUCAUGUUAUAACAUUUAAUAUAUUGAAGCACUACAAUACAAAAUUUAGCAAUUUGUUGAAGUUGUAUGAAAUAAUGCAGAAUGCAGUUUGCUUGUGGUCUUGAGUAAGAAACGUGGAUUCCUGCAUUGUGUAUCAACUACAGAUUGAAGAUCAGUGGAUUUUAUUUAUUCGUACCAAUGAAAAUGACAAAUAUUGUGUCGAGAUAUAAGUAUAAGUGAAAAUAAAAUUACCUGUUAAUAUUGAUUGUAUAAAUCAUUUUUUCUUAUUAAAAUUGAAUACAAAUUUUUAAAAAUUACGUAAUUUUAGAAUAAGUUUUAGUCAGCUGUCAACUUUUUAAUACGUCAUUAGAUAUUUUAUUCUAAAUGCAAGAAAAGUGGGAUAAAAAAGAAGAAAAUUUCUACUGUGAAAUAUAAAAACUGUUGAAAUGUAAACAAAGUUGUCUGCAAAUUUUAUAUCGAUUUACAAUGCAAAGACAAAGAUUAUCUCGGGAAUUAACAAAAAUAACAACCUAUCCCCCUCCAGGAAUUUGUCUUUUUGCAAAAGAUGAUACAAUGAAUAAUUUAGAAGCUAAAAUAACUGGUCCUCAAGACAGUCCCUACAAAAAUGGUGUCUUCACUCUAGAUAUUAUGAUACCCGAUAAAUAUCCAUUUACACCUCCCUCCAUGAAAUUUAUUACAAAAAUAUAUCACCCCAACAUAGAUGAAAAUGGAAGAAUUUGUUUGGAUUUGAUUAAAAUGCCACCAGUGGGAAGUUGGAAACCAACAAUAGGGCUAGAAGGACUACUAACUGCUGUUAGAAUGUUACUUGAAUUCCCCAAUCCAGAUGAUCCACUAGUGGCUGAGAUUGCAGAGGAAUUUAAAAGUCAAUAUCAACAAUUUGUUAACAAAGCAAAAAUGUAUACUGAAAAAUAUGCUCACUAGAUUUAAUUAAUUAUUACAAGAUAUUGUAUGGUUGUUCUUGAAAAAAACAUUAAUUGUUAAUAUAUUCAUUUUUUGUAUCUGAAA